ACCCCCGGCGCCCGGCCCUGCCGCCAGCCCUGAGCUCCUCCAGCCGCCCUGCGCAUCUCUCUGGCCAUAUCGUCCGCACCAUGAAGGCGCUCCUGCUCGCUGUGCUGGCCGCGGUGCUGUGCGUGGAGAGAGCCCACACGCUCGUCUGCUUUUCCUGCUCGGAUGCCUCCUCCAACUGGGCCUGCCUGACGCCCGUCAAGUGUGGAGAGAAUGAAAACCACUGCGUGACGACGUACGUCGGAGUGGGACUCGGUGGCAAAUCCGGCCAGUCCAUCUCAAAGGGAUGCUCACCCAUCUGCCCCAGCGCCGGGAUCAACCUGGGAAUAGCGGCCGCCUCCGUUUACUGCUGCGACUCCUUCCUCUGCAACAUCAGCGGUUCCAGCAGCGUCCGAGCCAGCUACGCGAUCCUGGCCUUGGGAAUUCUCAUCAGCUUCAUCUACGUCCUCCAGGCUCGCCAGUGAUGGGGCUGCCUGAGGAAGAGCCGCCUCCCACGGGUCUCGUUAGCCAAUAUCUUCUCUGUUGCUGUCUGCAAGGAGAUCCUCUACUUCUCAGCAGGCUUCCAAGGUGAUUGUUUCCCAGACUUUUUUUGCUCUUCCAAGCGUUGGAGACCUGGGCGAUUUGGCCGAGCUGUUCUCCUCCUCUUCCUGUGGACGUCUCCCGCUGCACUCUCGCUCCUCCUUCGCCAAGGUGGAUGAUUUUGGAAGGGUUUCUGCUUUUUCUACCUAUUAAUAAUCCCCCCCACCCCCGUAAUUUCUAAGGUUGGUUAAACCAGGCUGGGACUCGCUGAGAACAGAUUCACCCCAAGCACCACCAGGUCUGCUCCAGCACAUGGGUGGCACAGGCAGCGGGAAUGCAGGAUCCAAAGGGAGACACAUUCCUGGCCCCUCGCAGCUGCAGUCUCUUUUUAUAAAAUAGUCUCGUUUCUUCUGAUCCUGGGCUGACUUUUCUGGAAAAUCAAUGCCGUGUACCUUGUCCUUCCAAGUUCUGUAAGUGCCAGACCUGAAUAAACUUGCUCCUGUUGUUACCUGA